AGCAUGAAAAAGCUUCAACAAAACCCAAACCAUUCAUGGCAACAUUUAAAAAAAACAUUAUGAAUCUGCUCCUUUAUAUUGCCUUACUUUCUUUUCUGCCAUUAAAGACCAUAUCAACAUCAACAACACAAGCAGAAGCUCUUGUUAGAUGGAAGCGUACCUUAUUAUCAUCAUCAUCAUCUUCUUCUGAUGCUUUGCUGAAUUCAUGGUCUUCAAGAAACAUUCAGAACGUCUGCAACUGGACUGGUAUUGUCUGCAAUGAAGGUGGUCUGGUUUCCAAAAUUACCCUCCAAAAUUCAUCUCUUUCUGGAACACUAACAGAAUUUGAGUUUUCUUCAUUCCCAAAUUUUACUCACUUUGAUUUAAGCAAUAACAAUGUUGGUGGGUCGAUUCCAUCUUCCAUUGGCAACCUCUCCAGCAUCAUGUUCUUGGAUUUGAGCUCAAAUAAUUUCAAAGAUGAAAUCCCAUCAGAGAUUGGAAAGCUGACACACCUCCGAUACCUUAAUCUCACAGAGAAUUUGUUUCAAGGUCCAUUGCCCACGAGCUUUUACAAUCUUUCAAACUUGAAACAUCUAAGGCUAGGAGACAACCUUUUUUCAGGCCAUAUUUUACAGGAUUUGGAUUUGUUGUCCAAUCUUGAAAUUUUUGAAUUGUAUAAUAAUUCAUUUGUAGGAAAGAUCCCUUCUUCUAUUGGUAAGCUUCAAAAUCUUCGGGAGUUAGAUCUCCACUCAAAUCAACUCAAUUCUUCAAUUCCUUCUGAGCUUGGAUUCUGUUCUAAUCUCACAUUCUUAGCACUAGCUAACAACUCUCUUUCCGGGGUAUUGCCUUUGUCUUUAUCAAAUCUGACAAAGAUUUCUGAACUUGGUAUCUCUGAAAACAAUCUUUCUGGUGAGAUUUCUUCUGAUUUCAUCACCAAUUGGACUCAAUUGGUCUCCUUGCAGCUUCAAUUUAAUCUUUUCAGUGGGGAGAUCCCACCCGAGAUUGGGCUCUUGACAAAUCUCAGGAUUCUCUUUCUGUACAAUAACAAUUUCACAGGGCCCAUACCUAUGGAGAUUGGGAACUUGGAAAACCUUGAGAUGUUGGCUCUUUCAAGAAACCAACUUUCAGGUUCAAUACCUUUAACCAUUGGAAACUUGGCAAACCUUCAAACCAUGCAGUUCUCCGGCAAUAAUCUCAGUGGAACAAUUCCACCGGAGAUCGGAAACUUGACUUCAUUGCUUAAACUUGAACUCAACAGCAACCGAUUGACUGGACAGUUGCCUGUUACUCUCUCUAAACUUACUAACCUUACUGAUCUUUCUCUGUUUGAGAAUGAUUUCUGGGGAGGUAUUCCAGCAGAAUUAGGGAAGAACAAUCCUUUUCUGAUAAAUGUUAGAUUAGGAGACAACAGUUUCUCUGGAGAACUACCUUCUGAAUUGUGUAGUGGUUUUCAGUUUGAGGUGUUCACUGUGAAUGGCAACAAUUUCACGGGGUUGUUACCGGAUUGCAUAAGGAACUGCACAAGGCUGCAUCGGAUCAGACUGGAUGGAAACAGCUUCUCUGGGGACAUUUCACAAACACUUGGUGCUGCGCACUUUAAUCUCUCAUACAUAGAUGUUGGUGGUAAUCAGUUUACAGGUGAAAUCAGUCCCCGGUUUGGAAAAUUACAAAACCUAAUCAAUCUGGAUAUGGGAAGGAACAGAAUCUCCGGAAAAAUCCCGUCUGAGCUUGGAAACUUACAAAGGUUAGGUGUUUUAAAACUCGAAGAUAACCAGCUUACCGGAGAAAUCCCUAAUGAAUUGCGUAAAUUAAGCAAUUUGUUCGAUCUCAAUCUCAGCAACAAUCAAUUAAGUGGACAAAUACCUACAAGUUUUGGUGACUUAACCAGUCUCCGAGCUCUUGAUGUAUCUGCGAACCAUCUGAAUGGAAGCAUACCAAUAACAAUUGGAAAUUGUGUAAUCUUAACCAGCUUGAACUUGAGCAGCAACGAUUUGUCGGGAGAAGUACCUUCUCAAAUCGGAAACUUGUUACGAUUGCAGUAUCUGUUAGAUCUUAGCAGCAAUUCAUUUUCCGGCAGAAUCCCUGAAGAUAUGGAAAAGCUCAAAACACUCGAGAAUCUCAAUCUUUCGCACAACAAUUUCUCAAGUCGAAUUCCUCCGGGACUAUCCAUUUCCAUGAUAAGCUUACAAUCAAUUGAUCUCUCGUACAACCAAUUGUCAGGCCCAAUCCCAAACGUCGGCGUAUUCGAACGAGCACCGGCAGGAUCCUUCACUGGAAAUGCCGAUCUGUGUGGAUCCGGAAAAGGAUUCUCUCCUUGUAAUGGCAACGCUGCACCGGAAGAAUCCGUAAAUAAGAAACUGUUUAUCGCGGCUCUUGUACCGGCGGUCAUUUUUGUGUUGAUAGCAACAACGAUAGCUAUCUUCUGUAUAAUCAUUCGAAGAAGAUCAAAGCUCAUCGACGAAGAGAUGAAAAGUGCCACCUCAAGCGGAAACUCCGAAACGGUUAUAUGGGCAAGAGACGGCAGAUUUACAUUCAGCGACAUCGUGAACGCCACCGAAAACUUCAACGAGACGUAUUGCAUCGGUAAAGGAGGAUUCGGGAGUGUGUACAGGGCAAAUUUACCAACCGGAGUUAUCGUCGCAGUGAAACGGCUGACCGUAUCAGAUUCCGGCGAUGUCCCAGCCACACAUAAGCAAAGCUUCGAGAACGAGAUACGUGCCCUAACCGAAGCCCGCCACAGGAAUAUCAUCAAACUCUACGGCUACUGUUGCAGUAGUAACGGCCGGAUGCAUUUGAUAUAUGAGUAUCUGCAAAAGGGUAGUUUGGGAAAUAUACUUUACGGUGUGGAGGCAACUUCGGAAUUAGGCUGGAUUACGAGGAUUAAAAUUGUCCAAGGCCUCGCCCAUGCAUUAGCCUACUUGCACCAUGAUUGCAACCCCCCGAUUGUACAUCGGGACGUCUCGUUAAAUAAUAUUCUACUCGAGUCAGAUAUGGUCCCCAGAUUGUCUGAUUUCGGGACGGCGAAAUUGUUGAAUCGGGACUCGAGUAAUCAGACCAGAGUCGCGGGAUCCUACGGUUACAUGGCACCAGAACUUGCACUCACAAUGAGGGUUACAGAGAAAUGUGACGUUUACAGCUUUGGAGUCGUAUCGUUUGAGAUUAUGAUGGGGAGGCAUCCUGGGGAGCUUUUAUCAUCUUUGCAAUCAUCAAAUACGACUUUUGCAACUCGAGAUAAUUCAAAUAUGUUGUUGAAAAAUGUCCUUGAUCAAAGGUUUUUGCCUCCGAAGGAUAGUGUCAUCGAGCAAGUGGUGUUUGUGCUUAAUGCUGCUCUUGCGUGUACCCGAUUAACACCCGAGUCAAGGCCUUCGAUGCGUGCUGUUGCGCAAAAAUUAUCAGCUAGUACUCAACCAUGUAUAACUGAGUCAUUAGACCAAAUUAGAAUGGACAAGUUGUCAAGUUAUUAAAAAUACAAAGAAAUUUAGUGUU